AUUUGAAUUUGCUGUCUCUUUCUUGCUUCUCUCUCCCACUUGACCCCCACAUAAAGUUACCAUUUUUAUUAAUGGAUUCGAGUUGAUUUCUUGAACACUGUGUACACCUUUUCACCUUUGCCUCCUUAUCUUUUCUCCUCUCUUCCCUUCUUGUUUUUUUUUUUUUUGAACUGUUUCCCCGAUUUAAUUUCUUGUUUUUCUCCAUUUUUCUGCCUUCAUUCUGAGGUGAAACUAUGGGCAGUUGUUUGAGCAAGAAGAGUGCUUGUGCUGCUUCUUCUCCGGUUGCACUUCCGAACCCACCAGGAAAGCUCAAAUCUGAUGCCCAGAUGGAGAAAAAGAAGGCAGAAGAAGAAAAUGUUGUCAAGAAAGAGAUUUUCAUCAUCAAACACCGGAAAAGCCAUGAAAUCGAGAGGCAGAGGUGUGAUGAGGAGAAGGGUGAGGCCAAGAACGCCGGAGAUAUCGUCGAGAAGGGUAAGAAUGCGGCUUCUGGUAAUGGUGGUCAUGGAAAUGUUAAUGGCGUUAUCGUCGGGGGAGGAGCUCCGGUAAGGACUUCGAGCUGUACGAAAGAAGAGGUGGACGCCAUUUUGAUACAAUGUGGUAGGCUCAGCCGGAGCUCCUCCACCGGGAAGGCUGCACUCUCGUCGGAGAAAAAGUACUCUGGGUCAAAGAGAAGUUAUGAUUUUGACAACGAAAAUGGGAAGUCUGAUGGGAACAAUGCUGAUGGAGACGACGAAGCGGUGGCUAGGGAGAGAGAGAACCGCCGCCGGGAGCGCCACCGCCAGUCUCAGGGGCGCCAGGCGGGGCAGCAGCGGUCUGGAAGCAGAGAAAGAGGCAGCAGCGGUGGUGGGAGGAGAGUGAGCAGAUCUCCUGGCAGAAGAUCUGAAUCUCCAAUUACCACUACUUGCAGUGGGGCUAAUUCUAACUCUUCUUCUGCUGCUGCCAAUGCUAAUUCCAGGCCGGGGAAGAUGGUCUCAGUGCCAGCCACAGUUACGUCCCUAGCAAUGGAUAAGAGUACUAAUUGUGGUAGCAGCAGCGGUGGUGGUGGUGGUGAGGGUAAUGGCGUGGCUGGUGUUAAAAGGAUCCAAGUGAAAAGAAAUGUAGGGGGGGAUGGGGCGGUAGGAACAAGGACCGGAGCAUCGCCUCGUGCUCGGUCGCCUGCUAGAGCAAGAGCUUCAAAUGAGAAUCAAAAUGUGAAUAUGAGCCAAAACCAGCAGCAGCCUAUCUCCCUUAGUCGAAGCAAUUCCAGGAAAGCUGAGAGUUCUCCUUACAGAAGGAACCCUCUUGGUGAGAUUGACAACAAUGUUAUCUCACAGGCUCCUGUUCAGAAGCCAAAUUCUGAAAACAAAACAGUUCAAGGGGCUGAAAACAGAAUCAACAGCAGCAGCAGCCUAGCAAAUGUGAAUUGCAAGAACCAGGAGCAACAGCUGAUGGGAGAAGAGAUGAAGGCACUAUAUGGAGGAAUUGCAGGUCAUGUUGCAUUGAAUGUGAUUUCUUCAGGGCCUGAAAACCCGAAACCCCAUGCAGUUGCAAGAAGCAGAUCAUCCCGUCUCUCCCGAGAUCUGGACAUCAACCCCGAAACACUAUCAAAUCCUAACACGUCAUCAUAUACUGCACUAUUGCUGGAAGACAUCCAGAAUUUCCACCAAAAAAACAACCCUCCUCCUGCCUUUUCUCUCCCACCAUGUGUGACCAAAGCUUGCUCUAUCCUGGAAGCAGUUGCCGACCUCAACUCGAGCACCAGCUCCAACUUGUCCAGUGUUUUUUCUGAGGACCGACGAAGGAAUCCCGUCACUGAGCAAAUGAAUAAGAGUAAUGAGAACAAGUCCUCUUCAGGGGCUAAUCUUGUCGGGAAGACGAAGCCAGAGAUCAAAGACCCCAUUUUGGAGUCUGAGAUUAUUGCUACUGAUGAUCUGAUGGAGCCAAGUUUUCAUAAAUAUGUGACGGUGAGAAGAGGUACAUCAGGAGGUGACGACUUGGAAGAGGAAGAAUCUUCAGGCAGCAACAGUUUUGUUGGCAGUCAGCAGCAGUGGGUGUCUUCUUCUUGCUGGGAACCUAAUUCCGCUGAGUCGACUGACCGGUGGAUGUCGUCUUCUUCACGGUCGGCCAGCAGACAGAAUGAUGUUAGCCCAGUUGGAUUCCAGAGACAUGCUGUAUCUGAACCAGGCCGAGGUUUCGAUGAAAGUGGAAAAAGAAUGAGUGCUACAAAGAAGAGGGAUUCUGAUCAUCAACAGAAUGGUAUUGGGCGAGGCAAAAUUGGAACCCGCGGUCCUCAUGCGGCACCUGCUGCUGCAACCUAAAUAUGUAGGUUUGAAAUGUUCGGGUUUUGCUUAUUGAAUGUUGGUUGCAAACUUGCAACCUCUCUAUAUUAGUUGUUCAGUGGUUCACUACAUUAGUUGCUUCUGUUAUUACCAGUUCUUUUCUUGUUAACUGGAAAACUUCAGUUGAUUAAACAGCUUGUAUUUUAUUUUACAUUGUAGAAAUUUAUCUUUGGCUACUAACUUGUAAUGCUUA